UACGUUACGAAAAAGUUCUGUCGCGCCGGCAGCUGCUCGUGUUGAGCAUCUUGGCAGUUUCGAAAAGAAGUAUGACGGGUGCCUGAUCAAGGUUGUCAACGUAUUGCAAGGAAAAACUUCUCCUCCCCACAUUGAGAGGAGCUUAUGUUUCCGAAAAUUUGUGUUGCUGAUUUGUGGCCACAAAUCGCAUUUGUCUGGCAAGAAGACAAGGGCAGAAGCUGGCGCCGCCUUAUGGAAGCGAUUUGCCAUGCUCUUGGGCCUAGAGGGCAGCCGUUUGCAAUGCUGAGCAACUAGACCCAAACGCCCCGACCUAGGCUGGGGAUCUGGCCGCAAUGCCUUCCCGCAAUACAAAGCGCAUUUGUGAUGUACACAAAUCCCCCCGUAUUUCACCCCCAGGGGGUUGCGGACCUGGCAAAACCGAUGAGUUCGGGCUGCUGACUGUUCCACCUCUUCCGAGAGCGAUCAUGUUACGCCUCACGCCUCACAAAUCCAGCGUCAGAAAUCCCGUCUCGAUAUGGGGAGGGGGGAUUUUUCCUUACGAUGCAACGUCGGCGGGCGUCGGGGCAAUUCCCGGAUCGACGGCCACAAGGCCAGUUUACUCAUAUCCACCAACAACACGAUUGACGCGGGGCGGGCCGAGGUGUUUCGUUCGGGCGGAGGACGAGGACCCCGGCAACGUUCUUGCGCCGACGAGGUCCGUCCACGUUCUGCUUCCAUGAAAACGGGGCUCUGCAGCUCCGGAGCUGGGGUCGUGGAAGUAGGAACCUAUAAUCCUGAACGCAGGAGGUCGUGCAAAAAAGGAGAUGCUUAUCAUACUGGUUCUCCUACUCCUGCUGGAGCAAGAAAACCAGAAGGCGAAGUAGACGCGCUCGAGCCCAAAGUAGAAGAACUACCUGAAGCGGAAUCGAGACGUUGCACGACUUCUUACCUUGACUUGUUCGAAGAGGCGCUCGAGCCUUACCUGAUGCGGAAACACACGACCCGCGGAAGAACGUCGAGUUUCAAAGACGGUUAUUUAUUCGAGCAGACCUCCCGGCCUGAGGACGAGACCGAGAGGAAGAUGAUGAUCGAGGGGAAUAAGAAUUACUAUUGCAGUCGAGAACAACCAGAAGCCGCCGCGGACCACGAUGAUUCGUUGACGACG